AUGGGCCUGCGCGCGAAAGCGAGCGCGUUCGCGCACCCGAGAGCGCCGCACCUCGCCGCGUUGCGCUCCCGCCCGUUCACCGCGGCGGUGGAGAUUCUGAUCCCGUCGACGACGGACGACGACGGCGCGCUGAGGCCGCGCGCGGACGCGUCCUCCGCGCUCGACGCGUGCGGCGACGCGGAAAGGGCCGGCGUUCCGGAGUUUUACGUCGCGAGGAUGACGAUCGAGGAGCUCCUGUCGCGCGACUUCGUGGAGGCGCACGCGCGGGGGCGAUCCGCGUCCCUCAGCGCCGUCUGCGUGGACGCGCGAAUCGACGCCGAGGACGUAGCGUGCGUCACCCCGUGCGGUCGCGCGCACUUCUCGCUGACGCCGAGCUCGCACGCGAGACUGGGCGUGACGGGCGAGCCACGCGACCGCGGGACGGCGAAGCACCACGCGGUCGUGAACCUCCGGCGGAGGGGCCACGAUGACAAAGGGUCGCAUUUUCACGAUCGACUGCGCGUCAACGCCGCGGCGAUGACCGCCGCGGACGGCGCGGAGGCGUCCAAACGCGCAACAUACCUGUGCGCGCACAGCGUCGACGGCGAACCCGCGAGGAUGACGUUCCCGGACGGCGUGGACGCGAGGGCGGGGGUUUUGGCGUACUCUUCGCGCGCGGCGGGCGCCGCCGCCGGAGAAGAACCGCCGCCGCCGCCGCCGUCGUCCUUCUAUCCGGAGUCCCGCGGCGUCUCGGACGGGGGCGAGGACGCCGCGGCGGCGCUCGCGAGCUUCCACGAGUACGUGGGCAUGAUAUCGUGCGGGUGCGACGUCGGCGGCGACGUCGUGGAGGCGCACCGUUGGGAAGGACUCCUGGGGUCGAGACGCGUGGAGGCGGCGUUGUCGUUUUGUCGCGACGCGGUGAACGGCGGCGCGGCGCCGUGGGCGGCGGUCACGGCGUGGGGGUUCGCGGACGACCCGAGCGCGGAGAAGGCGGGAGGGUGCGCGGCGCGGAGUGGCAUGAGGAGUCAUCGCAGGGGCGGCGGUGGGUGGGGGGACGACAUCACGUUCGUCGUCCUCCCCGGAGACGGGUACGUGAUGUACUCCAGCCCGUGA